UGGCCUCUAUUAACGAGCAGCUUCAGUACAUCUGUCUCAAGCCAUUAGACCCUGAACCACCUUCCUUACACGCUGCUUCUCCUUGGCCUUCAGGUUCAGUGUUCAUCAAACCCAUUUAAAAUCUAUUUUAAUAUUCUAUACUUAAUGUGUGUGAUAUCCUUUCACUUAGUCCAGAACUGUUCGUUCAUAUGAGAUGUUUCUCCUUCUCACUUGCAUCCAGAUACACUGAUAUCAUGGUAUAUGCUUUCAUGUUCUUAGGAUUUUAAGUUUGUGGUGCAUGUUUGUUCUUGUUUCUCAAUGAUUGCCAAUACCUUGUCUAAAAACAGAGCAGUAUAGGGAAGUUUGCAUUACUGUUGGCCAACCUUUAGUCAUUAUACAAAAACUAUACAUCAAUAGAGGACUUCCGUUUCAAGUGUUAUCAAGUUAAUACCUUUGAGAGCAUUAAAAAUGGGUUUGGACUGGAUAGGCUUUGGCUAUGCAGCAUUGGUUACAUCAGGUGGAAUAAUUGGCUACGCAAAAGCAGGUAGUGUCCCAUCUCUAGCUGCUGGUCUUCUCUUCGGGAGCUUAGCUGGACUGGGUGCUUACCAGCUGUCUCAGAAUCCAAAAAAUGUGUGGCUUUCUCUGAUUGCAUCUGGAACACUGACUGGAGUUAUGGGAAUGAGAUUUUACAACUCUGGAAAAGUCAUGCCUGCAGGAUUAAUUGCUGGUGCCAGUCUGUUAAUGGUUGGGAGACUUGGACUGAAGAUGAUUGAAAAGCCCCAUGAUCCAUAAUUGUGACUUAAUGUGUCAAUAGGAAGCCUGAAAAUGCAGCUGCCUGAAUAUACAGAGAGUACAUAACUGUUCUUGCAUCAAAUAACUUUUUUUUUAAGAUGGGGGAAUUUGAUGGCAUGGGUAAGUGUUAAGUGUACAAAAUAUCAUUUGUUUCAGCAGUCAAUAUUUAUCCCUACUUUGUUCUGAGAAGUUGGGUUAAUGUUAGUUUAAAUUUCUCCUAAUACAUCUUUCAUUAACCACUCCCAUUUUGAGCAGUCCAAAAAAAAAAGUAUAGACAACGUAUGAGGGCUAGGGAACUGGUGCCUAACAUCAUGAUAAAGACAAUUCCCAUUGUGGGCCAACAGGAGUACUUGGUCAAAUACAAUACAAAUCUGUAUGGUUACUCUGCAUGCAAACUAUCAGAAUGCUUUACCUGACUGCGGUUUGGCUACAAGAAUGUCUAACACCAACUGAAUAUUUUAUUGCAAAAUUAUGUUAAGCAAAAUGUCAUUUAAAGGAGAUUGAUUUUUAUACUAAUAAAACCUGAGAAUUUAUAUUGCAAAACCUAUAUCCUUUAUUGGGCAAGUCUGGAUUGGGGCAGGUUUGUGCCCUUCCUGUGGCUUACCUUUUCUUUUCUUCAGAAAAUCUUUUCAGUGCACUCUUCUCCAAAUGCAGUCUUUGAUCAUGUAAAGAAAGGUAACUUUUUAAAUGGCGGGGAAGAAGACAGAAUUACAUGUGUACAUUGUGUUAACACUGCAUUAAAGACUCUUUAAAAAAGAAA